AAUUGCCGGAGUGAAUGCGAAUAUAUGUUUCUAACCUUUCAGGUUACAAACAGCGUAUGUGGACGCCGUGUGGAUGAAGCACCACACGAAAAAGAGAGUGAUUAAGUGACCCGUGCAUUCGUGACAAGAAUGUCACGCGAGAAGGAGAAAGGCGCCAUAGACAGCCAGCUGUCAGGAGCUUCCUGGGGUGUGAUGGAAGUAAAGAACUGAGCAAAAGCUUCUGGUUUUAAAAAUAACUGUCUUCCUGCGUGGGACGACGCCGGUGCUUGUGGAGGUAGCGGGCACAAUCAUCGCAGGUAUCCAGAGACAAGCGGCGGUCCUUCACACCUGCCACUGACGUCACUAACAUGGCGGCGCGUUUCGGUCGACUUGCUUUGCUUGCUGCAGCUCUUGUGCUUACUGUCGACCAGACAGGUAGACAGGUGUGCGCACAAGUUGGCACGAUUCCUGCUGCAGUCUGGGACGAGAUGCAGCGUUUAACCGCCGACCAAAAGCCUGCGCAACCAGGCACUCAGGGUUCGGUAGGUCCCCAUGAGCCAAAUCAACCGAUACAGCACGCAACGGUCCUCCACCAGCGACAGCGGCAACUACAGCAGCUGCAGAAGCUGCAGGAUCUCCAACGACAGCAGCUGUUGCUGCGGCAACAGGAGCUGGCUAUCAGGCAACAGCUUCAAGAGCAGCAACCGAAAGCACCGCCACUCCCCCCACAGCCAGUAGCAGCCUUGAAACAACAACAACAACAUUUUGUGAUACUGCAACCGCAAAAGCAACAACAGAUAGUGCUCUUACAAGAGCCUCCAGUGCAACAACAGUCACAACAACCGCCUCCAACACAGCAGCAGCAACAGAUACUGCUCCAACUGCCGAAGCCGACACAGCAGCAACAACAGCAUCAACCACAGGGGCAACAACAGCUACAACCUCAGCAUAUAGUGACGCCUCAGAAACUGUUAACAACUGAAGGGGGCGUUGUGGAUUUUAUCCCCCAAGAACAUCGAGCAGCUGUGUCUGUCGCUGCGAGGUCACAAGCGAGUAGUCCGCAAGUCCGCCUCCUCCCCGUUAAGCCUGCGCCGGAGUCACCGAGUGUAGGACAGCAUCCAGGCGCAGCCUCAGCAGCCAAUCAACAGCCUGGCGCAAUCUCAGCACCCAAUCAGCAGCCUGGCGCAAUCUCAGCAGCCAAUCAGCACCCUGGCGCAAUCUCAGCACCCAGUCAGCAGCCUGGAGCAAUCUCAGCACCCAAUCAGCAGCCUGGAGCAAUGUCAGCAGCCAAUCAGCAGCCUCGUAGACUCCCAGCAGCCAGUCAGCAUGCUCCCUUUCAGCCGAUUAUCAUUCGAGAUCCAGCAGCUUUGAGAGAGUUACUUUCUGGUAGCUCUCAACAGGGACGUCAAGCUAUAAUCAUCAUUCAUCCUUCUGCGAAUCCUUCCGGUGCGCUACAGCAUCCUCUUCCUCCUCCUAACACACAUCACCAUACCCCUCCUGUUAACUCCCUUCCUCCUUUGCCACCUGCCAUUGUGCCGGAUCCACCGCCAGUUGUGAAUAAACAGCAACCGCAGCUUCAUCAAAGUAUCCAUCAACCUCCUUCUUUGCCUGUUAUAGCGCACCCUCACCCAAGUGCUCCUCAAUUAAUACAACAGUUUUCUGGGACGAAGCCAAAUGCCCCGCCACCGCAACCUACUUUCCAGGUACUCCACCAGGAUCCCCCCGCCCCCAUGCCUAAGGUAAUCUUUAUACAGGCCCCAUCUUCGCGGGUGUUGGAUCAGCCUUCUCAAGCAUCCAAAAUUGUUCACCAGGUACCAGAGUCGAUUCAGACAAAAUCUGUUGCCCCUCAGCCCUUGGACAUCGUCCACCUUCCUCAGGUUUCCAAUGUCCCUCCAGGUUUCCUGCAACUGUCGCAGGGUUCAAAACAGCAGUUUCCGUUUCCCAGAUGAUCCAGAGGCAACCACCACCGCCUCCAAUUAUCAUUCAUCAAGGGCAUCCUCCUCAACCCACAUUCGAACUUUCUUCUCCUUUUCAAGGUGGCGUUCCUCUACCCCCGAGUCCCAGUCAGAUGAUGCAACGAACAGUGUACCUUAUGCCUUCUCCUCACGGAUCUCCAGCAGCCUCUAUCACGACCGGAAGUGGUGGUCCGUUGGACAGUUUGCCGACAAGUCACGCACAGCCAGCCACUUUUCUGCUACGUGAUUCUGGAAGUCCCCACCUGAAUAUGGAUGCUACCUUAGAAAAUAGCAAACCAACCAAUCGUCCAGUACCGCUUCCUCCACAACCCCCUUUUUCCAACAUGGCGCCACUGUUGAUGGAUAGGUCCAGAUGGGGACAUCAGAUGCCCCCCGCGCCGGCGUCUUUUACAGGGUGGGAGCAUAAUACGGGUGGUGGAUCCAUACCUGGCCAUCAAAGCCACAGCCAAGCGCAAAGCCCUAACCAUCAUUCUGCCAGCAUGGCGCCAAGCGCCGGCCAUUAUCAUACCAGCAUGAUGCAAAGCCCCAGCCUGCAUAGUUCUAGCAUGAUCCCGAGCUCCAGCCAUCAUUUUGGUCGUAGCCACGGACCGCCGGUGGCAGAGAUGGUCCUGCCGCCUCAGAUCCACAGCACGACGAUGAAGCUGGCGAGGGACAUGGGGAUGCUGCCAUACUACGAGGCACACGGCUGCGUGGAUCCGACCAUGUAUCUCCCGCCAGGCAGCAAGAGCAUAGGGCUGGCCUUAGGCUGCUCGUCGCCGCAAUCUGAACAGGUGUGCCGCCAGAUCGGCCAGACAUUGAGUGGAAUAAACGGUCAAAGCCAGUCUUUGAUGACCAUGAUGACCCCACCAUCCAUGCGCCACCUGCUGGAGACCUGCCUUUCUUCGACAGUGAUGAAGAAAAUUAUGAUGGGAAUGGUAAAGGGUGGUGGAGGUGGCUUCGACCCCAUGGCGAUGAUGAUGAUGAUGGGUGGUGGAAAUGGCGGAGGAGGAACAGGAGGCAUGAUGGCCGCCAUGGCCAUGAUGAGCAUGAUGAAGGGAAAAGGUAAAUCGGUCUCUGGCUCUGGUUCCGGCUCUGGCUCUGGUUCUGGCUCUGGCUCUGGCUCUGGCUCUGGCUCUGGCUCUGGCUCUGCUUCUUCUUCUGCUUCUGCCAGUGCGAGCCCCAGCAUUCAACAAAGCGGCAUAACCGACGCACAACCCUUGGAUUCGACAGCAUCACCCUCGGCCACGGAAGGCCCAGCUCCAGUUCAGGAGCCACCCCCUGACCCCCUAGCCCAGUGUAAGCAGGUGCUGCCUAUGGUGAUGAUGAGGGCGGAAGGGGGACUGAUGACGGCGGAAGGAGCGGAGAGCAUCGCGGACACGCGGCGGCAGCUGAUGCCUUAUCGUUGCCAGGAGAUGAAGGCCGGCCUCGUUCCUUUUCGAAUGUGCUGCCCUGGACACGUUCCUGCCCCCAGCUUCGUGGAUCUCGCCAUGGCUCCAUCCGCGGUAUAGACCAGCACCUGACCUACCAGGCACAGCAACAGGGGCCAGACAUUGUCUGGUAUUUGGACAUCAUGGCAGCGCAGCUUUGAUUUCUGGCUCGUUGUAGUGAAAGUAGUUUUCGUUCUAAGCUGCAGUGGAAGGAACUAAUAACGAUUCACAAGGUGGCCAUUGCCUUUGGUAUCAACAACAAAACUGGAUGACAACAAUACGACGUUCACAAACGUGUCACCUUUCUCCGUCUGUUUGUCUCGACUCAAUCUCUGAGUAAAAUUCAAUCUGCAUUGCUUCUUUACUGGUGAUUUUAAACAGAUCAUUGAAGUUGCACAGUCCACUGGAACAAAUUCUGCAUGUGUCGAGUUCAAGUGACGGAAAUUCAUCCAAACUUUGCCCUCUGCUAAUAGUCUUUAAAAAAAAUUACUGUAAGUUAAUAACUAAGUCUAUAACUUCGUUUUUCGUAGAAACUAAUUUUUGGGAAAACAAAAGUGUAAGAAAACCUUUGAAAAGCGAGUAAACUAUGGAGUCCCUAAAAGUGUUAACCUGACGUGCAAAAGCUGUACUGUUAUUCAUGACGCUUAACUGACCAGUGUCUUCGGACGUUUGAGUCAGUUUGGCCAAGUUGUGUGUGAAUUUUAGAAAAAAUCAGUGAUUUUAAGGAAAGCAUUGAAACUUCAAAACUAAGCCGAGUUCAAACUUGUUUGUGAGCACCUUCCCAACAAUACAUUUGCUGACGCAAUGGGAUUUUAUGGCCCUUGUGGGGUUUGAUGCAUAGGCACUUUGCCCUAUACAAACGGCUUUAAAAUUCUUAACCUUCAAGUGCACGUAAGACAAGAGGCUGAGCAGCAAAUGAAAGUACAGUGGAACCUCGGUUAACGAACUUAAUCCGUUCUGGAAAGCUGUUCGUUAACCGAAAUGUUCGUUAUCCGAAACAAUUUUUUCCAUAAGAAAUAAAGGAAAUAGAUUUAAUUGGUUCC